AUGCCGCCUGUACCACAACACAGAGGCCCCGUCGGCCCGUCCACCUUCGACAAGCUCAAGAUGGGUGCUAUGAUGGGAGGCUCUGUCGGUGUCAUUAUGGGUUUCGUCUUUGGGACGGUACAAAUUUUCCGCGGCGGUGCCGGGCCCAACGGCAUCAUGCGCACGCUAGGACAAUACAUGCUCAUGUCGGGAUCUACCUUUGGCUUCUUCAUGUCCAUCGGCAGUGUGAUCCGCAGCGACACAUCACCCAUCGGCGCCGAGGCGUUUGCCAGGGCGCAACGGAGGCCUUUCAUCAUGGCUGCCGAGCGCGGGUUCGGGCCAAAGUCGAUCUAA